UGUACCAGAAGCAACAUGGCCCUCUACAAUGCCUCGGAGCUGGAAGGGAAUGGCACGGUGACAGGGGAGACGCGCGAGUACAUCUCUGUGCUUCCAAGCAUGUUCCUCCUCGCUUGCUUCCUGGUCGGUCUCCCCGGGAAUGGCUUUGUGGUCUGGACUAUUGUUACCAAGUUCUCCCAGCGCUCUUUGACCCUUCUCCUCAUCCUGAACUUGGCCAUCACGGACUUGGUCGUCAUGAGCACUGUACCCUUCUGGAUCUACUCUUUCCUCCACGGCUGGGUCUUCGGAGACAUCUUCUGCAGGCUGCUCAAGUUCCUCGUCUACUUGACCAUUUACGCCAGCAUCUUCCUCAUCACGCUGAUGAGCCUCCAUCGCUUCGCCGCUGUGGUCUUCCCGUUUGCCUCCCAAAAGCUGUGGCGGCCGCGCGUGGUGCACUGUACGUUGCUGCUGCUCUGGGUGGCUGCGUGCUUCUUUGGAAGCCCGAUUCUGAUAGUGUCAUCCAAGCCCAAGGUGGACGGAGUGUGCGCAGACGAAAUGUACUAUACCGACCAACAGCGAGUCACGGUUAACUUUGUGGAGACCUUAUUUGGCUUUGUGAUCCCUUUCACUGUGAUGGCUGUCUGCUACUCCUGUGUCCUGAAAAGGCUUCAGAUGCUGAAGAGCCACAAGAAAAUGAAGACGGGGAGGCUGAUUACAGCGGUGGUCCUUGCUUUCUUUAUAUGUUGGCUCCCUUACCACAUCUUCAACAUCCUCAUCAGCGUAGCACUGCUGCUGAAAGAGGGACACCCAGAGAAGGCAGACAACUUGCUCGGAGUGACCAGAGUGGCAAUGAACAUUCACGGGGCCAUAGCCUUCGUCAGUAGCUGCCUGAACCCUAUCCUGUAUGCGUUCGCUGCGCGGAGCUUCCGGGGAGGGGUACGGGAGAGCAAUUUCGCCAAGUUGUUUGCCAAAAUUCAUGAGGACUCGGUGGAAAAAUCUGUGGAGAGAUCUACAGGGGACAGUGGUCUUUCAAUGGAGAAGUUACAGAAUUAA